CUCUCUCUCUCUCUCUCUCUCUCUCUCUCAUACUGUGCUUUAGGUUCCGGUUUGCAUAUUCAAAUUCAAUUUCUCCAAAGCCAAAUGCAAAAUGCCCCAAAGUUAUUGUCUCCAUUUUCUCUGCUGGGCAACCAUGUGUUGGACUGCUAAAGGUAUUGGUGUGAACUGGGGAACCACAGCGUCGCAUCCACUUCCACCGCCAAAGGCAGUUGAGCUUUUGAAAACAAACAACAUAUCAAAAGUGAAACUCUUCGAUGCAGACCCACUUGUGCUACAAGCUCUUUCUGGGUCUAACAUUGGUGUCACUGUGGGCAUUCCCAAUUCCAUGCUUAAAACCUUAAACUCUUCAAAGAAAGCUGCUGAUAGCUGGGUCCAUGACAAUGUCACUCGCUACUUCUCUGCCGGCACUACUGGUGUCCGUAUCCAGUAUGUUGCUGUUGGAGAUGAGCCAUUUCACCAAAGCUAUGGUGAGCAGUUCCAUCCCUUUGUCAUCGGCACAGCCAUCAACAUACAAUCAGCUUUGACCAGAGCGAGCUUGGCUGGCCAGAUUAAAGUUGUGAUUCCAUGCAGUUAUGACACCUUCCAGUCAGAAUCCAGCCUGCCCUCCAAAGGGCACUUCAGGCCUGACCUUAAUAAAACUAUGAUUGAACUCCUCACAUUUCUCAGAAAGCAUCAGUCGCCUUUCUUUGUGACCAUCUCACCAUUUAUUACCUUCCUUCAAAACAAGAACAUUUCGCUUGAUUUUACUCUCUUCAAAGAACAUGCACGCCCUCACAAUGAUAGCCACAGAACUUAUAAAAACAGCUUUGACCUAAGCUAUGAUACUCUGGCUACUGCAUUAUCAAUGGUUGGAUUUCCUGAUAUGAACAUUGUUAUUUCAAAGAUUGGGUGGCCUACGGAUGGAGCAGCCAAUGCCACUUCACCCUUAGCUGAGACCUUUAUGAAAGGCCUAAUGUAUCAUCUUCGUAGCAGACUGGGAACACCACUUAGACCCCAGAAUCCACCAAUAGAAACGUACAUAUUUAGCCUUUUAGAUGAGAAUCAGAGGAGCAUAGCCACAGGGAAUUUUGAGAGACACUGGGGAGUGUUUACUUUUGAUGGCCAAGCCAAAUACCAUAUUGAUUUUGGCCAGGGUUUAAAGAAUCCUAUGAAUGCACAAAAUGUGGAAUAUCUUCCUUCUAAGUGGUGUGUUGUAAACAAUAACCAAGAUUUGUCUAAUGCAACUGCAAGUGCCUUGGAUGCAUGCUCAGUUGCUGAUUGCACUGCACUUUCUCCUGGUGGAUCCUGCUUCAAUAUCAGCUGGCCUGGAAAUAUAUCAUAUGCAUUUAAUAGCUAUUAUCAGCAGCAUGAUCAAAGGGCAGAGAGCUGUGAUUUUGGGGGGUUGGGAUUGGUCACAACCAUUGAUCCAUCAGUUGGAAACUGUAGAUUUCCUAUUGAAAUUAAAGCUUCUCAUGCACAUUCCUUAUCUGGGACUGAUCUUUUUCAAUGGAUGGUCUUGUUACUGCUAAAUGCAUAUUUCUUUUUACUACAUUUCACCUAGUGGGUAGGUACUUGGGCCAUUUUGUCUGUAUCUCUUUCUUUGCCUUAGGUCUAUUACAAAUUUGUACAGGAGCAAUGAUUUUCAGGCUCCACUUCCAUUACCUGGGGCAUGUCAAUAUUUUGAAAUCUUGUUCAGCUUUAAUGAUGUUAUUCGAUAUCCUAGUAGCCAUGAGUUGAUUCUCAUUGAUUAAGUCCAUAGUUUAGUCCUGGACUUUUCGUGUU